AUGGUCUUAUCUCAAGUCCCGAAGCGAUUUUCCGCUUUUCCACCGCCCAAUAUGUCGAAUGCAAGAACGCAUACCAAAAUCGCAGGGACUCCGGACUACGACGACCCGAUUUUCUGGGAUACGAAAUUUGCGACCGGCCAAGAUGUGGGCGAAUGGUUGAAUCCUGGGGAGAAUCUCGUCCAGGCUGUUCUGUCACAUUUAGACAACCGAUCAUCUGUCCAAGAACGUUCCCCUCGCGUGUUGCAUCUGGGACCCGGGAUCUCGAAACUAGGGACGAAGCUUCGCGAGGCAUUCGUGGACCGCGACUGGAAAGGCUCUGGCAUCGUGAAUGUUGAUUUUUCGGCCGAAGCCGUCCGCCUGGGCCAAGAAAUCGAGAGCAAACAAAACCCGUCGCAUGCAAUGCACUGGCUGUGUGCUGAUCUUCGAUCAUGGAACGAUAUGUCGAGCUUGGCCCCGCUGGCGCCUUUUGAUAUAAUCAUCGAUAAAAGCACGAGCGACGCCAUCGCAACCUCCCCAUCCACGACGCUCUCGCCCACCUCCAUCUCACAAGACACCUGCCCCGUGGUGCGCGACGUUGCGAAUACCCAAGGACAAACGACUCUAUCCCCAGUCGAGCUGUUGGCGCUACAUCUCGUCCCGUUGACCAUCGAAGGGACGAUGUGGUUUUCCCUUUCCUACUCAACUAUGCGAUUUGAUAACCUUCCACGGCUAGCGAAUCAUUGGGAUCUCGUUUCCCGUACCCCGCUCAAGGCGCCCCAGGGUCAAACUUCCUCAUUUGCGCAUGCCCCUGAGGUUUUCCAUUGGCUAUAUAUACUGAGGCGGAAAUGA